AUGACUUCUUUAUCGUUUUUAUUAAUUUUAAAAGCUUUGCUUCUUCUGGCAGACUCAUCCACUCACUAUCAGGAAAAAGAGUCUCCAGUUGGUGAUUUUGUGAGAGAAGAACUUCCUGAAGACGCACGUUUGGCGGUUUGCCGACGAAAAUCCGAAUUGUUGGAUAUAAAGCUCAAAGAGAGAGACAAUGAACUUGCGGUUAAAACUUGUGAGCUCACGGCUUUGAGUGGAGAUUUCAAUAAAAGUUUGUUAUAUCUUCGGGAAACCAAUAGCAAACUUCAAAACGAGUUGAAAGCUUCUCAAGUAACGGUGAAGAAUUUGGAGGGAAAAGUGGCAAAACUAGAGACAACUUUAAAAAACUCGAUGGAAUGUCGCGGGAAUUGGGUGUAUUUCAAUGGAUAUUGCUACAAGAUUGCCAAUCAAGCCGUUAACAAGACCACAUCGGCGGCCCUCUGUGAACGAGAGAACGCUCACCUUGUGUCGAUUCACAGCCGCGAAGAGAACAACUUCAUUCUCGAGCUUUCACAAGGUGACUACUGGACGUGGAUUGGAUUGCAGUGGGCUGAUGAAGAAUGGGUUUGGAGUGAUGGUAGUGCUUUCGAUUACUCGAAUUGGGCACUUAGAGAACCGAAUCGGAUUGAAGAAAACCCUUGGGGAAGAGUGCAAUUCUCAUCGGGAAGCUGGUUCAACUAUGGAAAUACACAGUUUUCCGUCACAAUUUGCAAGAAACGCAAGUGUUUCGGUGACGGCGUUUACUAUCCCGAUUUGAGAGCAUGUAUUCUGGGAGUGAAAGAACUGCUCGGAUUCACUCCAGCUGGAUCCGUCUGCAAGAAAAUGGGCGGUGGCCAUCUCGUUUCGAUUCACAACGCUUUUCAAAAUACCCUUUUUGCUGAGUUACAACAAAAUUUGACAGGAAGCUCUGUUGGCUUGAUCGGUGCGAUUCGAAUCGUGAAAACCGAUUGGGUGUGGAGUGAUGCAACCUCAUUUGACUACAGCAAAAUUCUUGCUUCGACUGACGAUUGUCUCAUUCUUGAUUCUCAAGAUCAAAUGUGGAAAGCGGUGAACUGUGAUGCGACGUUUUCCUUCCUCUGCUCGUCACGACCUUUAUCC